AUGUCAAACUAUGAUCAAGCCCACUCUUUCCCUGUCUACGUUCACCCCAUCCCCCAAAACCACCCUACAAUCUGCGCCUAUGAGCGCCGCCAUUCCAACUCCUCGGACUGCAAGCAUGCUGUGGUCUUCAUCGGUGGACUAGGUAGUGGUCCGCAUACGACGCAUUACCUUGACGCCUUGAAUGCCAUGUUGGAAUGUGCUAGUCAGAGUAGCACGGAUAACGUCAAGUACAAUCUGUGGGAGUUGAGAAUGAGGUCUAGUUAUACCGCGUUUGGCUAUGGAAGUCUUAAAGAGGAUGGCGAAGAUGUUGCGAGUCUGGUGGGACAUCUCAAGGGAAUCGGAGUGGAGAAAAUCGUUCUGGUGGGCAGCUCAAGUGGCUGUCAGGCCAUCAUGACUUAUGCCAGUACUGAGCCGGCGCCACCUCCAGUCGACGGCUAUAUCAUGCAAGCCCCAACUUCAGAUCGCGAAACAGCAGGAUUACUCAUGCCACAGGACCUGCUUUCCGCUAGUCUCGAAUACGCUGGAGAUCUUAUUGCUAAAGGCAAGGAGAAGACCAUCAUGCCAGCCUCCUUCAUCCCAUCUAUCAUCACCUCGCCUGUGACAGCAUACCGCUGGUACUCCUUAGCCUCCGUUGGCGGCGAUGACGACUUCUUUUCGUCUGAUCUACCGACCUCAGCUCUUCAGUUUACCUUUGGAAGACUGGACAAACCGAUGUUAAUUUUGAUGUCUGAGAAGGAUGAGAUGGUUCCGCUUACGGUGGAUAAGGAGUUGUUGCUGGGGAGAUGGGUCAAAGCCAUUCCAGAGGGUUUGGCGAGUGAGCAAUCACAGAUUAUUACCACCGCUGACCACGAGCUCAGCGAGGAAAGAGUAGCUAGGUAUUUCGUAGGGCUGGUUGUUGAAUUUCUAAAGGAGCUCAACAAGGAACCUGCUGGAGCGCCCUUGAAGGUCUGCUAA